AUGAAGGUGCUCCAAGCGAACCUCAACCACGCCUGCCAGGCCCAGGACCUCUUCCUACACAGCCUGGCAGAGCGUGGUUGUGGGCUCGGAGUUAUAGCCGAGCCGUACCGUGUCCCCAAAAACCCCUGCUGGGCAGGGAGCACGGACGGCUCGGCCGCUAUACUCUGGAGGCGGACGGGAGAGAGGACCCCUCCCAUGUCCAGAUUGAAAGCUGGCGAAGGAUGGGUUGCAGUGGAGUGGGGGCCUCUAGUAGUGGUUGGGGUCUAUAUCAGACCCAGCCUAACAAGGGCGGAGCUAGAGGCCCGGCUGCAGGAAUUGGAGGACGUGGUCCGGGAGUAUCUUCCCGGGCCACUGCUGGUCGCCGGGGACUUCAAUGCCAAAUCGGCACUGUGGGGUUCCCGGCGGCCAGACGUCAAAGGAGCGGAGGUGGAGGCCUGGGCGGCGCGCCUGGGCCUCCACUUAGAGAACGUGGGAGCGGUGAGCACAUGCGUGAGGCCGCAGGGGGAGUCAAUAGUCGACUUGACGUGGACUUCCCCUGCGGCUGCGAGGAUGGUGGGAUCGUGGGAAGUGGCGGAGGGCGUGGAAUUGCUCUCCGACCAUCUCCCCAUAGAGAUAGAGCUUUCCUGGGAGACCAGAAACAGGGGAGCCCAGGAAGAAGCGGUCAGAUGGAGGACCGACAAGAUGGACGCCGACAAGCUGGUGGAGACAGUGGGGGUGGCGUUGUGGACGCACCCGGAGCCGGCGUCCACGGUAGAGGACGAGGUGGCAUGGCUGCGGCGAGCAAUGACGAGCGCGUGCGACAGUGCGAUGCCGCGGGCAAGGUUCGCCCCACGCAGAGCGGCCUACUGGUGGUCGGAGGAAAUCGAGGAACUUAGGAGAUCCUCAGUGGCCGCCAGGAGAGCCGUCCUGCGGGCGAGAAGAAGGAGGAGAACCACCCAAGCGGAGGAGGAUAGACUCCUGGAGGAAUUCCGGCAGAAAAGGAAGGCCCUGAGAACGGCCAUCAAGCUAGCGAAGGAGAGGGCAUGGAAUGACCUCAUACAAUCCCUAGACACGGAUCCGUGGGGGCGCCCCUACAGGCUUGUUAUGAACAGGCUAAACUCGGGGGCGCCCCCCACGGUGGGGGCGUUGAGGCCGGAAUUCCUCCAGGAG